GGCUUUCUGUUUGCACAUACCCCCACCCAACCAGUUGUACACGUGCUAGGUGAUUGUUGUGUUUAGGGUAGUUGUUUAGUUGAUGCUAAAAAGGCCAUUGACACGCGUAGAGAUUUAAAGUAGAGUCGAAUUGAUUUAAAAAAAGGUUCAGGUGCCAAAAAACAUUUAUUUUGAUUCUGGAAUAAACGAAACGUAGGAUAGAACACACCAUUGCUGUAUUUAAAGAUUUCGAACAACAUUACAACUAAGAAAUGGAAGCAACGGCAACGACUGCCCGAAAAAUUCAUCCGGUCUUGCAGAAAAUGAUUCAGAGUGGAUGCCAGAAUCAACAAAAAAUUGCAGUAGCUUUUCAGGUUUAUAUGGAGCUGUGUGAAGUGGAAAAGCUGUGGAACGUUCGUCAUCAUUACAACGAAUUACACGAUUUUUUCUAUCUUACUGGCAAACAUUCUGCAUCCUCUGAAAGGGACGAAAUAUUUAUCCCAUUGUCAAUCACAUCAGACAUCUCUCCAGCAUGGGUUGAAAAUAUUCAAAACGAAGUGUGCCGUAACACCUCACCAAAAAGGAAUGCAGAAGAAAGGACCAUGACAACAACUCCUGACAACAGCAAGUUGCAGCAGCAGGGAUUUGUCCAAAGCAUAACAUUAGCAAUAAAGGAACAAGAUUCUACAAUUGUCUAUUAUAAUGUGGAAAGAGAACUAGCCAGCCCAGACUCCCCAGAAACAACACAAAAGAAAAAGAAGAAACAAGAGACACGCAAUUUGAUUGAAUCAGAACUGCAUCGACAACGAUUAGACAUUUAUGAGUCAGCACUUAAUACAUAGAUUGGUACAGUUGUGCUAAAUACUAUGUGGAAAUUGACAGAAACAUUCCUUGGUUAUACCUAUUACAAUUUUGUUUUACAUGCCAAAAGUAGGAUAAGGACCAUUGCUCUGACUGAAUUUUUUUGACAAGAUCUGAAAGAAAGUAAUCUCCUCUUAAAGUAUAUUUAUUGUACCUCUCAUCAUAGUGUUGAAAUGCAGAACUUGGAAACCAACUUGUUCUGUGCAAAAAAUUGUUCAUAUGUAUAUAAACAGUGGAUGUACCUUGGACUGCUGAAAUCUUGUUUUGCAUGUAUAUAGUCUGUGAGACAGAAAGUACAAUUGUUGUGCAGCAGCUUUUUUAGAUUAACAAAUGACAGUGUCUGUAAGUUUGACAAAUAUGACUAAAAUGUGAGUGAAAUAUAUGCAUGCAUCUUA